GGUCCACACCUCCCGCCGACUCGCCCUCGCCUGGGACUGGGACGAGGAACAACACCGGAGAUGCUCGGGGCCUCCAGGCGAUCCCUCUGCGCCGGCGCCGCCGCCCGCCGCCACGCCGCCGCCUUCGCCGUCUCCGCCGACGCCGCCGCCCCCACACCCGCGAACCCGCCCCGCUCGGUGACAAACCGGGAACCCGCCGUUCCUCCCCACGGAGGGAAGAGGCUCUUCUCCGUGCUCGCGGCGCCCAAGCUUAAUGCAGCAACCAACAUGCCCUCCCUCAAGCUGGGGGAGAGCUCCCUUGUUGGGAGGCGGUUUGAAUCGAGCGCUGCGGCGGUCGAUUCUUCUGAUGCGCCACCUGCCGAGAAGUUCGAGUAUCAGGCUGAGGUCAAUAGGCUCAUGGAUUUGAUCGUGCACAGCUUGUACAGCAACAAGGAGGUGUUUCUUCGGGAGCUGGUCAGCAAUGCAAGCGAUGCACUCGACAAGUUGCGCUAUCUGAGCGUCACUGAGGCUGACCUUCUCAAGGAUGGCUCUGAGCUUUACAUCCGCAUCCAGACAGACAAGGACAAUGGAAUUAUAACGAUCACCGAUUCCGGGAUUGGUAUGACGAGGCAAGAGCUUGUCGACUCUCUUGGGACCAUUGCAAGCAGUGGAACUGCUAAGUUCCUCAAGACACUGAAGGAGAGCCAAGAAGCUAGUGUUGAUAGCAACUUGAUUGGCCAAUUUGGUGUUGGUUUCUAUUCUGCAUUUCUUGUUUCAGAUAAGGUUUCUGUGUCAACAAAGAGCCCCAAGUCAGAUAAGCAAUAUGUUUGGGAAUCUGAAGCAGAAUCUAAUUCCUACACAAUUAGAGAAGAGACAGACCCAGAGAAGCUCAUUCCUAGGGGAACUCGCCUUACUCUUUACCUGAAGCGUGAUGACAAGGGUUUUGCUCACCCUGAGAGGAUCCAAAAACUCGUGAAGAAUUACUCUCAGUUUGUUUCCUUCCCUAUUUACACUUGGCAAGAAAAAGGCUUCACUAAAGAGGUUGAGGUUGAUGAGGACCCUGCAGAAGCUAAAACAGAAGGAGAUGGUGCUAAAACAGAAGGCGAUGGUGAAAUCAAAAAAGAGACUAAGAAGAAGACAAAAACCGUUGUGGAGAAGUAUUGGGACUGGGAGCUUACAAAUGAAACACAACCUAUCUGGCUUCGGAAUCCUAGAGAGGUCUCAACUGAGGAGUACAACGAAUUUUACAAGAAGACAUUCAAUGAGUAUAUGGAUCCCUUGGCCUCCUCACACUUCACUACAGAGGGUGAAGUAGAAUUCAGGUCAAUUCUUUAUGUGCCUGCUACGAAGAAAGAGGACAUAACUGAUAGGAAGACUAAGAAUAUCAGGCUGUAUGUUAAGCGGGUGUUCAUUUCAGAUGAUUUUGAUGGUGAACUGUUCCCAAGGUACCUGAGCUUUGUGAAGGGUGUUGUCGACUCAAAUGACCUUCCACUGAAUGUUUCUCGUGAGAUCCUUCAAGAGAGUCGAAUUGUGCGUAUAAUGAGAAAGAGGUUGGUAAGGAAGGCCUUUGAUAUGAUACUUGGUAUUUCUUGUAGCGAAAACAGAGAUGAGUAUGAAGCGUUCUGGGAGAACUACGGUAAAUUUUUAAAGCUUGGUUGCAUGGAAGACAAGGAAAAUCACAAGAGGAUUGCUCCUUUGCUCCGCUUCUUUUCUUCUCAAAGCAAUGAAGAAUUGAUUAGCUUGGAUGAAUAUGUGGAAAGUAUGAAACCUGAGCAGAAGGCCAUUUACUACAUUGCUGGGGAUAGUUUGAGCAGUGCCAAAAAUGCUCCUUUCUUGGAGAAGCUCAAUGAAAAAGGUUAUGAGGUUUUACUUCUGAUUGACCCUAUGGAUGAAGUGUCUCUCCAAAAUCUGAACUCCUACAAGGAUAAGAGUUUUGUGGAUAUUAGCAAGGAAGACUUGGACUUAGGUGAUAAGAAUGAGGAAAAAGAGAAGGAAUUAAAGCAGGAAUACAGUCAAACAUGUGAUUGGAUCAAGAAGCGUUUGGGUGAGAAGGUUGCUCGUGUUGAUAUAUCCAACCGUCUCAGCUCAUCACCAUGUGUCCUAGUUGCAGCUAAGUUUGGCUGGUCAGCCAAUAUGGAAAGGUUGAUGAGGGCACAGUCUAUAGGUGAUACAUCUUCUCUGGACUUCAUGCGUUCGAGGAAAGUAUUUGAAAUAAACCCAGAUCAUGAGAUAAUCAAGGGAUUGAAUGCUGCCUGCAGAAGCAACCCUGAUGACUCAGAAGCUCUGAAGGCAAUCGACAUCCUCUUUGAAACUUCAAUGAUUUCUAGUGGCUUUACGCCUGAUAACCCGACUGAUCUGAGCUCAAAGAUCUAUGACAUGAUGAGUGCGGCUAUGGCAGGCAAAUGGGCAACGCAACCACAACAUCCCCACACAAGCCAGCAGCAGCCUGCUGCGCCUAGUAGCCCCGAGUCUGAGCUGCUUGAAGCUGAGGUGGUGGAACCUGUUGGGGUUGAUCAGCAGAAAUAAGGAACCAUGUUCGUUUGCUCUCCUAGCCUUGGUCUUGUUCGAUAUACGCUGAAGAAUCCUUGUAGUUGUAGCUCAGCAGGGGUCAAUGUCGACUGAAUGCAAAGCUGCUGUGCUUGUUCCUUUUUUAUUAUUUCGGAACAGGGAUUUCUGUUUCCACGGCCUGUAGUAUGAGCCGUGCGAGCGCU